GUGGACCACGCAGUAAAUUGUGUUAUUCGACGCGAUAAACAGGUGCACAAGCCUUAUAACCCAGAAAAAUACUUCCGAAAGAUUUCAGCGGGUCUUUUCGAUAAAGACAUUAAUUAAAUGCAAAAUACGCAAAUAGUUGCAAAUACUAUUGACCUCGAGUUGCGUACAAUCCCCUCUGGGAUAUCAGAGCGAUGAAUCGUGGCGGGCGAAAUUAGACAAAAUUGCGUGACAGGUGGAACUUAAGCCCAUCUAGAACCGCCAUCGUAGAAAUCAGAACAGGUAUACACGAUCCCUGUUUUCCAUGGAACUGGUAGAAAGGAUUUCCGGUUUUUGUUGGAGGAUCAAGUGUUUCCUAAUUUCAUAACCUCGGAAAACGUGGUCAGUCGAUAGUAGUACACGCUUGUCUCACGGGCUGCAUCGGAAGGAGCGAUCUAUACGACGCCCUUAGUACACAUUGAGUGCACAUGCACCGUGGUGGCGUGUUAUUGCUUAUUUACCCCCGACACGUGCUUCCACCGUUAGCGUGUCUCGAGUACAACGAUAUCGACGACAACCUUUCCGUGAUAAAAGCAGGACGGUAGACACGUUGCGCAAAAACACAACAAUAAGAUUUGCGAGUUUUGAAAUACAUAUUUUCGAAUUCCUGUCAUGUGCACGAAAGUGGUGAUAUACGAUUGGAUUGCUUCGGAUAUUCGCUUUGCGUUCUUUCGCUAAAAAUCCUUUAUAACGGAAGUGUUACUCACGGACAACGUGGGUGGGAACCACGCAUUUCUCCCCACAAUGGACUAUCGAUAUAGCGUGUUUUGAUAGAAGAUGCGCGUGACAAAUUGAUUAUACGUAACUGUUCUGUACCACGUAAAUGGUACAGAGUGAUGUGUCAUUAAAGGACCCGCAAGAUUUUCAUCGCGACGACGACGGCCUUUUCGAUCGUCACCGCGACGAUGUCUUCGGGCAGGGGUUUAGCCUCCCCCUCGGGAGGUCCCGUUGUUCUCUCCGGACAUGUGAAAAAAUUGAAAACUCAAAAGAAGAAAUUCUUCGUGCUACGAGGCGAAGCUGCUGGAUAUCCUGCUUGUCUCGAGUAUUACGAUAGCAAAAAGAAGUUUGAGAACAGACAGCCACCUAAACGUAGCAUCUUGUUAGACAGCUGCUUUAAUAUCAAUAAACGCGUGGACACCAAGCAUAAGCACGUUAUCGCAUUAUACACGAAAGACGAAUGCUUCUGUUUGAUUUUGGAAAGCGAAAAAGAACUGGAUGAAUGGUUGAAAGCAAUGCUUUUACUUCAGAGUGGAGAUGUAGCCGAUGGAGAGCAACCUCGGCCUAUAUUUGAACAUGUAUGGCAAGUUACAAUGCAGAAAAAAGGACUGGGUGAAAGAAAGAAUAUCCAUGGUCCCUAUAGGCUGUGUUUAACUGAUCGAACAUUAAGCCUAGUGAAAAUUGGGGCAAAGGAUAAUUCAGAUUCUAUAGAAUUUCCUUUAAUUUGCAUCAGACGGUGUGGAUAUAUGGAUCGUAUCUUCUAUAUGGAAGUAGGUCGUUCUGCAGUCACUGGUGGUGGUGAAUUGUGGAUGGAAGCUGAAGAUAAUAAUAUAGCACAUAAUAUGCAUGCUGCUAUCAUGAAUGCCAUGAGCAAUUCUAAUAGUAGCAAAGAUGAUGUGGAUCCACGUCAAAGAAGGCGUAGUUCUUCAGCAACUGAGGCCAGCAAGCCAAUCUAUGUUUUACAACGUCGUCAUACUGGACAAAAGUUUCACAAUUUUUCACCAUUAGAGGAACACAGGACGCACGAGGAGCAGGUGGAUCCAGUACAGGAACAGGAGCAGUCUAAUCAGACUCAGAGUAUCUCUUCUUGCAAUACAGUCAUGGUCGUUGCUGGUACCGGGGCUGGGACUGCUGGGAAUGCCUCGACUAAUACCAACUGUGCCACUACCACUAGACGUCGUCAUUCGGUAGCGAGUCAUCCCCAUUCCGUCAAUAAUUCCCAAUCCGUUCAUGUUACAACAAGUACAACAACAACCACCACUAUUACCAUCACUACGACCGCUACUGUGACCACCACAACCGCGACCGCUACAAUAUCCCAUCAGAGAACCCUGUCGCUGCCCUUAGCUGCCGUUAUUAUCAAUCAAAUGCAAUCAUCUAAAAGAUCAGUUUUAUGCUGUGCAAACGGCCGCGACAGAUGUGACAGUUUGCCAUCGAGGGCUCGCACCACCAGCGAGAGUCAUCCUGCAUCGGUACUAAGUCAUCCUAGAAGUACUCAUUUCGUACCUCACGUACUGAGACCACAUUCCAUGUACGUGAGGGGUCUAUCAUACUCGCCACCGAUCUCAUCAAUGCCUAUUAGUCCCGCUUCUGGAGCUUGUUCCACGGACUCAGCGGGAUCGUCUCUUUCGAUGGAUGAAGGUGGUGAGAAUAUAUUAGAAGAGGGUACGGUAUCGCGAUAUGGACAUUCAUUAACGCCAGACGAGCCUGUUAUUUUAGAGGAAAAUGGUGAUGAUUACGCGCCUUGGUCCACGUCACAUUCGCAUCACAAAUAUUCGCCAAAUUUUAAGUCUCAUUCUCCCUCGCAGCAAAGUUCCUACAUUGAAAUGUGCAGCCCUUGCAGUUCAAGUCCCGGUCGUAGUGGAGUAUAUAUGCCAAUGAGUGCAGGGACAGGUCAUUCGCAUUCUCGUGCAUCAUCUCUCAUCGAAGAAUCAAAUACUUUACCAGAAGGUUAUGUACCUAUGGCACCCGUUGGAAACAAUGGAUACGUUGACAUGGUUCCUUCCCAUAAUCAUAAUGGUCACUUUCCUGAUGACUUGUCACAUGCUGGCAGUAGUUGUUCCGUUACUUCUGGUACACCCAGUACAGAUUUGCGAUUCUCCGAAUAUCACUUAGAUAAAGUAACAAGCUUUUUGCCACCUGGGGAUGAUUUACAAGCUAGACCAGUGAGAGCUUAUUCCAUCGGGUCUCGACCGGAACCUGUGAACAGGCAUCGUAAAAAUAGAUUGGAUAUUGCUCAGCAAGAAGCUAGUAGAGUGCGAGCUUUUUCUGUAGGUAGCAGAUCUAAGAAACCUGAGAUUGGAAGGCUAUCGAACGUAGUUACUGUACCGUUACCUGGUGCUGGUGAACACUCAAAUUCCAACAAAUCAAACUCUGCGCCAUUACUGUCCAGUUCCUGGGGACAUAAUUCUGGUUGUUCCAUAACCUCCGAGCGAAUGGAGGAUUUAAUGGAAUUAGACUUUACUAAACCCAGUAUUUCUGCAACUUUCAAUUCACCGCCUUCAUCUUACUCGCAAUCGCAAUCUCAGUCACACUCAUACUCUACUGCCACUGACACCAGUUCCUAUGUUGAUAUGUCUCCUGGACAGCCACCUUCGUCGACUGCUCCUUACGUCGAUAUGAGUCGCAUAAACAAGAUCAAUCGUAAUAACAAUAAUAAUACAAUCACUGCCAAUCAAAAUCAUAGUCAUAUUCAUAUAUCUGCUGCUUCUACGCAUAAACCAAUAAUUACUACUUUGAAGCCCGUGGAAGAAGCAGAAGGGCCAUACAUGAGAAUGGAUAGUGUAAUGGAGGAUUGGUCACGAUCCGAUACGAGUCCUAAACUAAUUUCCUCACCCAUGCAAGAAGAAUGCGUGCAAUCAAAUGGACCUCCAGAUUUCAAAUAUAUUUUAGGAGCCACGAGAACGGCGCCAGUUGAUCUUCCACGACGUCCACCAGCGGACUACGUCGACAUGAAUUUUAAACCCAGAUUAGGCUUGGAACAAGAUUACAUAAACAUGAAUAUGAGCAACCGAAACAAUCGUAAACCAGCAACGCGGACAGGUAGCCGCAAGGAGAAGUCGCGUUCGCAGCCGAUCGCGAUCCAAGCAGGAAACAAACCUAUAAAAACGCCUAGUUUCUUACCCCUUAACGGAAGUCCAGAGUCAGAGAGUUUAGCGAGUACUCCGGCGUCGCCUCCGCGAGCAACACCAACAGGUUCCUCGGCAACAAUCUUUCCUUUCUCCUUGAACAGCCCUCAGUCGCCUGAGAAAUCGUUUACUCAUCAAAAAACUAACGACGAAUUGUCAGAAUUGAACACCAAUUCCAAAAGCAACGACCGUACCAUUGUGGAACCUGCGAACAAUAGAGUGAACAAUUCUGUAACGGAAGCGAAUAAUACUUCGCCAAAAGCAACGAACGAUAGACCUUCUAGUCCUGCAGAAAAGGAUAAUCAAGUUAAUCAAGUUAAUCAAGUUAAUCAAGUGAAUAAUUCGUUGACCUCGCAAGAUAACAUGUUGAACGCUAUAACGAAGAAGUUCUCCGAUUUGCACCUGUCGAAACCACCACGUUUGAUAACCGCAUCUCCGAACACCAGCCCCACGUUGUCUGGGUUUAAAUCAACCACUGAAAAACAACCAUCUUCGCCAAAAUUGUCAGACGAAACGCCGACACCUACGCCUAGCACUGCACCGAGUCCGUUGGAAAAGGAGUGUCAGGAUAAAGUGCAAUCUGGUGCCGAAGUCUUACACUACGCUAGUCUUGACCUUCCGGAAGUCGGUAGCACCGCGCCUGUCUCGCCGGCGUCUCAAGAAGGAUUUAAUUACGCCGAAAUUGAUUUCGCCAAACUUAAACAAAAUUAAAACGGCUAUCUCGAAUUCGGAUGAAAGAGCUGUAUCGGUGUAACGCGCGCGUCACGUGUCUAGAAACGCUGAAUUGACUCAUUGCCUUAGUUUUCUUUUUUAUUUUCUUCGCUCGUCAGGACAACAGAGCAUGGCAAUCGUUCUAACAUUGGUCGAGCUGAAUUAGCAAAAAAUCAGUGCAUAAACUGACUAAUGCGAAUUGUAAAUAGUAAACAAUUUUUUCUUUUCUUUUUUUUAUUUUUAAUUAUGAUCAUUUUAUUGAUCGUAUACUUUCGAUUUUAUGAAAGAUUUGAAAAACACAAAAUAGUGCCUAUACUUCUGGUUAUAUCGUAGCGGAUAUGAUUUUUUAUUCGCAAGAUGGCGAUUAU